AUGGCAGAACCAGCGAAUAUUUGGAUGGAGACCACGACAAGAGCAUUUUCGACAGAGGUACCCAUGCAGGUUGGCUACAAGCAGCCAAGGUACUACGUUCGCAAGUGCUUCGCCAAGUAUUACAAGUUGGUCAAGUUCCUUCUCGAGGUGAAACGUGUUAGGGCUGUGGCGAUCACAGGAUCACCAGGGGUUGGCAAGUCUCUCUUCUACGCAUACUUCUUGCAGCGCUACAGCUUCGAGAACAAGGACACCACGAUCAUCUCGGCCUCCUUUGCGGAACAUGGCCCAAACUCAAUCAGGGACCAAGUUGUCGUGUGGAAAAAUGGUGAAGUGCUUGGCGUUGCGAAGGACGUCAACUCGGCCAUGGACGCUCUUAUCGUGAAAAGCAAGAAACAAGCGGGUGGAAAACUGUUUUACCUUAUGGUCGCGAAGGACCAGUCUCAACGGAAGCUUUUCAUGCCGCUGUGGGAUCUUGACGAGCUCCGAACUGCCGCCGAAGAGCUAAGGCUCGAGAUGAAUACUAUGGAUACCCGCUUCAAUCGCGAGGAGGGGUCCAAGGACGAUGGUUUCAUCAUGGAUCGAGUCGAGCAGUGCUAUCAGUUCUUUGGCGGUGUUGCUCGUGAAUGUCUAUCCACGGACGAAUGGUUCGUGAAUAAGCGUAGGUUUGAGAUUAAGGGGUAUCUCGACCAGAUUGAAGGUGUCGACAACCUGCGGAGCCUCUUUAACAAAAAGGAGAGAGGGGAGCAGGUCGCUGUGUCGUACCGCCAGCCAGCCAUGUACCGCAACGACAAGCAGGCGCUCAUGAAGCACGAGGACUACGAGCUGCACGCCACGCCCGCCACGGGCGCCAACGACGGCGGCGCCGGCUUCUACCCGCAGGAGGGCCGCCCCGUGGGCCAGCAGGGCUACGUGGACCCGCGCGGGCCGGCGCUGCCGCCCAUGAACGUGUCGGACGCCGUGGGCGUGGGCGGCCAGCGUGACAACAUCAUCUCGGUGCACGGCUACAUGCACAAACAGGGCAAGCGCACGAUCAAGGGCCCGAUCCACAAGAGCUGGAAGCGCCGCUACUUCGCGCUGGAGAAGGCCAAGAUCUACUACUUCCACUCGCACCUCGAGUGCCGCCAGUACUUCACGACGCGCAACGCCGACCUGGUGGUGGGCGCCAUCGAGCUCAAGGACGCGCUGCAGCUGCGCCCCUGCGCGCGCCUGGACCUGCCGCACAAGGGCUUCGAGGUGCACACCAAGCGCCGCGUGUGGGUCCUGUGUCCCGAGACGGACGAGGAGUACCGCAUGUGGUUCCAGGGCGUCGAGCGCGCCAUCGUGGCCAACGGCGCCGGCAACAUCAUCGAGCGCAAGCUGCCCAACGUCCGCAAGUACCUGAUGAAGGGCAACCAGACGUACCGCUUCUUCUACUUCCUGUUCCUGAUCGCGGGUAUCGUCGAGCUGCUGGCCAUUGUCUUCUGGUUCAUCAUCGGUCUGGAGCCCUGUGACGCGUCGCGCCUCGACACCGACUGCGCCACCAUCAUGAAGACGACGCUGAUUUCGCUGCGGUGCUCGGACAAGCCCUUCAGCGGCUGGUUCACGCCCCCUCAGUGGUAUCUGGAGGUCGCCGACGUGACGGAAGUGGUCUGCUGGCACGACCCGCCCAUCCCGCAGUGGGUCUCGUACUUCGCCAUGCUGUUCGCUGAGGUGCUGACGUUCGCUCUGGGUGUUCUCUACUACCUCGGCAUGUGGAAGCCCGUGCGUCGUGGCGCCCACUACUUCGACGAGUUUGAGCCGCCUGUGCCCGAUGAGCUCUGGCCCAAGGUGGACGUGCUGCUGUGCCACUACUCCGAGCCGGCUGAAGAGACCAUCGACACGCUCAUGGCCUGCAUGAACCUCCAGUACCCGCCCCACCUUCUUCAGAUCUGGGUGUGUGAUGAUGGCUACUGCAAGUCCAAGUGGUCGAAGGGCAACCCCGUUCCCACGGUGGAGCUGAACAAGGGUAUCCUGGAAACUGCCGGGGACCUCCGACAGGAAGUGGCUCAGUUCAUGUACGACCGCGUGUGUGACCCGAACGAGGAGAUGGAGGUGUACGCGUGGCGUAAGCUUCACUCGUCCGCCAACUUGCCGUCUCCAUCCCGUCCUAGGGUGGUGAACCGUCUCGACUGUGCCGUCGGUUCGUUCCGCGACGACUACCGCUACCCCGGUCUGCCGCACGUGACUUUCAUCGGACGUGUCAAGCCCGAGACGCACUUCUCGAAGGCCGGUAACAUCAACAACUGCCUGUACAACGAGGGUGCCAACGGCCGCUACCUGAUCAUUCUGGAUACGGACAUGCAGCCUCACCCGAAGUUCGUCUUGGCUACGCUGCCCUUCUUCUUCGACGACGAGGACCGUCAGGACAAGGCCAAGUACAUUUGCUGCGGUAUUGGUUGCAACGCCGUGGCCAAGCUGUGCUGCGCCUCCUGUCAGAUCGCCGGUGUUCCUGAGGAGCAGAUCAGCUACUGCUCGAAGGAUUGUUUCGAAAACGCCAUGCACGUCCAGAGCGCGGUCCACCGCCGCCAGGUUAACGGCACCAUGAGCGACACUCGUCAGAGCAAGAUCGACAUGCGCUGCAUGAACUGUGACGCGAAGCUGGGCAAGACUGGCGUCUGCCGCAAGUGCAACCCCGGCAACAGCGAGGGUGAGGACGUGUCGUCUCUCCACACGUACUCGGACGAUGUUCGUGACAAUGCGGUGGCGUUUGUGCAGACUCCUCAGUACUUCCGUGACUGCAUCCAGUUGCAGAUCGGUGAUCCGAUGGGCCACCGUAACGCUACGUUCUACGACGCUAUCCAGACCGGUCAGGAUGGUUACGACUGUGCCUCGUUUGCCGGCACGAACGCCAUGUUCCGUCGUGAGGCUCUGGACUCUAUUGGCGGCAUCCAGUACGGUAGUCUGACGGAGGAUUGCUACACCGGCCAGGUACUGUGCUCCAUGGGCUGGAAGGCGCAGUACUUCCGCAAGGACUUCGAGGGUGAGCCGUCGGAGCGUAUUCGUCUGGCUGAAGGACUGAUCCCCGACUCGGUUGCUGGCUCGCUCGCUCAGCGUAAGCGUUGGGCCAAGGGUAACUUCCAGAUCGCGCUCAUGAACAAGAAGACGCAGUACUUCGACCCCGAGUGGAAGAUGCCGGAGGUGCAGGUCCCGUCGUACCGCAAGCCAAACAACUUCAUGCGUCGCGUGUUCUACUUCAACUCGACGCUGUACCCGCUCGGCUCGAUCACGGCCAUCCUGUUCUACUACAUCACGAUCUACUUCCUGUUCUCGGGCUACGCUCCGAUUUACAUGGCUGGUGCUCGUCUCGUGUACGCUCUGGUGCCCAAGCUGUUCGUGCAGGGCGUGCUGUCGGCGCUGAGCAACCGUACCGUGGACAACAGCGAUGUCAUCCGAUCGCAGGAGGUGUGGUUCGCGUACGCGUUCACGAACUGCACGGCCGUGCUGGAGGCGUUCUGGUGGAAGAUCACGGGCAAGGAGCCCAAGUGGUUCAACACGGGUGGUGCCAGCCGUGGUUCGACCGCUGAGCUGCCCAAUGUGAUCAUCUUCUUCGCCACCGUCGUGGGUGUGCUGUGGUCGGUGGUGCGUUUCCUGGCUGGCUACAACAGCAUCCAGACGUCCCACGGCGCUUCGCUGCUGUUCGCCAGUCUGAUGAUGGGUCUGUUCAUCGCCGUGAAGCUGGCGCCGAGCGUUCGCAUGAGCAUCCAGGAGUACUUUGGCUGGAGCUACGAGAGUCUGACGGACCAGGGCAACGUGGUGGGCUCCAUCUCCAUCGCGUUCGGACUCGUCUUCAUCACGCUAUGGGUCUGGAUCGAGCAGCCCACGUCCAACCCCUUCUAAGCGAGGGAGACCGCGUAGCUAGGCAGGGCCUUAGGCCAGGUCCCAGUCACAGAGACCAAGGAUGUCGCAUCGGAGCUCAAGGGCGUUCUCCGCUUGCUAUUCAUGCUUACGUGCUUGAUUUUCAAUAUAUUUUUUCCAACCUUC